AUGCAAAUGGUUUUCUUUUUCCAAAUCCUUGGCCCCCUUGUCCGAAGCCUCCAGUUCCUGUGCCAGCACCUCCUGGUACGAAACCUCCAGUUCCUGUGCCAGCACCUCCUGGUCCGAAACCUGCACCUCCUGGUCCGAAGCCUCCAGUUCCUGUGCCAGCACCUCCUGGUACGAAACCUCCAGUUCCUGUGCCAGCACCUCCUGGUACGAAACCUGCACCUCCUGGUCCGAAGCCUCCCGUUCCUGUGCCAGCACCUCCUGGUACGACACCUCCAGUUCCUGUGCCAGCACCUCCUGGUCCGAAACCUGCACCUCCUGGUCCGAAGCCUCCAGUUCCUGUGCCAGCACCUCCUGGUACGAAACCUCCAGUUCCUGUGCCAGCACCUCCUGGUCCGAAACCUGCACCUCCUGGUCCGAAGCCUCCAGUUCCUGUGCCAGCACCUCCUGGUACGAAACCUCCAGUUCCUGUGCCAGCACCUCCUGGUCCGAAACCUGCACCUCCUGGUCCGAAGCCUCCAGUUCCUGUGCCAGCACCUCCUGGUCCUAAACCUGCACCUCCUGGUCCGAAGCCUCCGGUUCCUGUGCCAGCCCCUCCUGGUCCGAAGCCUCCGGUUCCUGUGCCAGCACCUCCUGGUCCGAAGCCUCCGGUUCCUGUGCCAGCACCUCCUGGUCCGAAGCCUACGGUUCCUGUCCCAGCCCCUCCUGGUCCGAAGCCUCCGGUUCCUAUCCCAGCCCCUCCUGGUCCGAAGCCUCCCGUUCCUGUGCCAGCCCCUCCUGGUCCGAAGCCUCCGGUUCCUGUCCCAGCCCCUCCAGGUCCGAAGCCUCCCGUUCCUGUGCCAGCACCUCCUGGCCCAACACCCCCAGGCCCAAAUCCACCAGGUCCAUAUCUGUCAGGUAAAAUUCAAGUGAGUCCCCCCUCAAGUCGGAAAAACAACUUAAACAUGUUGUUUAAACGCUCUGAGCAACAGACAACACAUCUUCUUUAUAGUGUCCAUGUUGUUUCCACAUUACGACUUAAAGCACAUGAACACUACAAAGUCGGAAGAA